ACGCCAAAUCAUUAUCGACAUGCGGCCGUACUUCUUUCUCUCCUUCAUCUCGAUUGUCCAGUUCGGUAUUUCACAAAGAUUUAUUCAAGGAGGAAAUUUUAGGAGUCGAAAAUCAGCAGGCCACUCUGGACGGUUUGGAAGUCGAUCAAUCAGCCAGCCGUGGCGAGAAUCAGACUGGAAAACUCAGUAUGAUCACUUACGUAGGCACAGAAACCGGCGAUAUCCGCCGUGGGGGCCCUAUAGACCAAGACCAGGAAUAUUCCCCCCAGAGGAUAUCACCAGAACCGUGACUCCUCCCGAAGAGGGUCCAGGAAACCCUGGGGUAGUCCAACCUAACCCACCUACAGAUCUUAUUGCAUCCCAACCCUCUCUUCGUACACAGUUUGGGGACAUUUAUUGUGCUAUAUGCUGCCGAGUACCCUGGUACCACUAUAACAAUUGUGUUAGACGGUUUUGUGUAAGCCGUGGCCCAAACUGUCGGUCGUUUGGGUAGCAAUUUAAUAUAUAUUGUGUCAGUUAUGAUUUUUGUAAAGUAAUGAAAAUUUGUAUUUAAAAUAAACGUAUAAGUAAAAAUCUAUAUCUUACGGUU